AUGGACAUGGAGGACAAUCCAAAUGGAGAUCGUGUUGAUCCCAUUCUCCUAGGCAGGCCAUUCAUGGCCACUGUAGACACAAUCAUCAAAGUGAAAGAUGGCACCCUUUCCAUGACUGUUUUGGGUAAAACUAUUGAAUUUAAAUUGUUUGAUGCUCUAUCUCAACCUUCUAUCUCUCUUGAUUCUUGCUUUUCAAUUGAUGUUGUGGAUCAUGAGGUUUCCUCCAAAAUUUUGCAUAAAAAGUCUAAUGAUGCUCUAGAAGUUGUCCUAACACAAGAAGAGGAAGAUCUUAGUGAACCGGAGUUCCAAGAAGUGGUGGCUGCCUUAGAAGUGUUUCAGCCAUACCCACUAUCCUUUAGGCCACCACUCGAGCCUCUUGGACCAUCAUCCACGAAAUUGGAGCCAUCCAUUAUCAUCCCACCAAAGCUAGAACUUAAACCUUUGCCCAAUCAUCUUAAAUAUACAUAUUUGGGUGCUAACGAAACUCUCCCUAUUAUAAUUGUUGCAGGUCUCACCUCACAUGAAGAAGAGAGCUUAAUUAAGGUUCUAAAAGAGCAUAAAACAUCCAUUGGGUGGACCAUAGCAGACAUCAAAGGAAUUAGUCCAAGCAUGUGCAUGCACUGGAUUUUAAUGGAAGAAGACAGCAAACCAUCCUGUGAUGCCCAAAGGAGGUUAAACCCCAACAUGAAAGAGAAGUCUGGAAUCACCGUUGUGAAGAAUGAGAAGAAUGAGUUAGUUCCUACACGAACCAUCGCCGGUUGGAGAGUUUGCAUUGAUUACAGGAAGUUGAAUACAUUCAAUAGAAAAGAUCAUUUCCCCUCGCCUUUUAUUGAUCAAAUGCUUGAACGUUUAUCUGACCAUGCUUACUAUUGUUUUCUUGAUGGUUUUUCAGGUUAUAAUCAAAUUCCCAUUGCUCCGGAAGACCAAGAGAAAACCACAUUCACAUGCCCAUUUG